GACCGUGUCAACCUGUAGUACAAAAGUUGGUCUUCUUUGCGAAAGCUAAGCUCAAUUAUAUUUUCCUCCGAUCUAGUUUGUAGUAAAGUACUGUAACUAUUUUCUGAUAACUAUUUUCGGUGUGCAUCUUCACCGAGGAGGAGAGUCUUCGAUCUGUCAUCUCUGAGUGUAUCUUAAUAUACAAAAAAGCUAGCUAAGAAAACUUUAAUUUUCCCAUUGACAUUUUUCUUUUACUUGUGGAUUUUGCAGCUGGUUAUAGCAAGAGAAAUGGCUUCUUCCUCUCCUUCUCUUGAAGAAAAGUAUGAUGUGUUUCUCAGUUUCAGAGGUGAGGACACGCGCAAUACAUUCGCUAGCUAUCUUUAUGCAGCUUUAUCAGCAAAGCAGAUCUUAACUUUCAUGGAUCACGAGCUUGAGAGAGGGGAUGAAAUUUCACCCACACUUAGCAACGCCAUCGAAGAAUCUAAGAUUUCGGUAAUCAUUUUCUCGGAAAACUAUGCUUCGUCCACAUGGUGUUUGGAUGAACUUGUGCGUAUACUUGAAUGCAAGAAAACAAGAGGGCAGAUUGUUAUGCCAAUCUUCUACGGCGUAGAGCCAUCGGUUGUACGAAAACAGGGAGGGAGCUAUGGAGCUUCAUUUGCUGAACUUGAAGGACGUUUCAAAGAUAGAAUGGAGAAGGUGCACCAGUGGAGGGCUGCGUUGACAGAAGCCUCUUAUCUAUGCGGGUUGGAUUCGAAGGAUUUCAGGCCCGAAAACAAAUUAGUUCAAAAAAUUGUUGAAGACGUUUCAUUAAAAUUGCCUAAAUAUCUAUCGAUGGAUGAGCAUUUCAAGGGACGCUUUAUUGGAAUUGAAAAACAUAUCGAAAAAAUUGAAUUGCUAUUAUCCAUUGGCACAAAAGAUAUUCGCAUUAUAGGCAUCUGGGGAAUGGCAGGUAUUGGCAAGACAACCCUUGCUAGUGCCAUAUUUCAAAGAUUUUCAUAUUUUCAAUUUGAAAGUUACUGCUUUCUUUGGAAUGUUAGGGAAGAAUAUUUAAGACAUGGACCAGAUCAUUUGAGAAAGAAACUUCUGUCUGAGUUAUUAAGUGAUGAAUCUAUUCUAAGGAUGGAUACCCCAUUUGUAGCAUCAUCUUUUAUUCUUAAAAAACUCAUCCGUAAAAAGGUCCUUAUUGUUCUAGAUGAUGUGGAUAAUCCAAUCAAAUUAGAAGCCUUAGUAGGGGGAUAUGAUCACUUUGCACCUGGGAGUAGAAUCAUUAUCACAACUAGAAACAGGCAAGUGCUAACUGCAAAAGAAGCUUGUCAUACUUACAAGCUUGAAGGGUUGAAUGAGAUUGAAUCUUUAGAGCUGUUCAAUUUUUAUGCUUUUGGAAAAAGUUCUCCUUCAGAAGAUUAUGAAAAGCUGGUAAGCCAUGUGAUAUGCUACGCUCAUGGAAAUCCAUUGGCUCUUAGAGUCUUGGGUUCUUCCCUUCGCUCUAAAAGCACAGAUGUAUGGGAAAGUGCAUUAAGUAAAUUGAAAACAAUUCCCCACAAGGACAUUCUAAAUGUGCUGAGAAUCAGUUAUGAGGGACUAGAUAAAGGGGAGCAAAAUCUGUUUCUUGACAUUGCAUGUCUGAUUGAUCAGCCUUUUACUAGAGAUGAUGUAGAACACAUGUUAGAUGCGGGUGGCUCCUUUAAAAUAGAAUUGACUGUUCUUAUUGAUAAGUCUUUAAUUGAAAGUCAUAAAUACAACAAGCUAUGGAUGCAUGAUUUGUUGCGGCAGAUGGGUAAGACAAUUGUCUGUGAUGAACACGAAGAACCUGGCAAACGUAGUCGAUUGGGGGAUGUUAAAGAUGUUUGCCAUGUCUUGGAAAGAAAUACAGGAACUCAAACGGUUGAAGGCAUCUCAUUCAACAUGUCUGAAAUUCAUAAAGACAUAAAAUUGUGCCAUGCAACCUUCUCAGAGAUGUAUAAUCUACGAAUUCUCAAAAUUUGUUCUGACAAUAUUGGUAAUAAUAAGUUCAAACUGUACCUCCCCCAAGGUCUUGGUUCUUAUCUUUCUCAUAAGUUAACAUAUCUUCAAUGGGAUUUAUAUCCUUUAAAAUCUUUGCCAUCAAAAUUUUCUCCUGAAAAUCUUGUUGAACUGGUACUACGUGGCAGCCAUGUUCGAAAACUUUGGGACAAUCAUGAAGUUAAGUCUCUUCCAGUGUUAAGAAGGAUCGAUCUCAGUUAUUCCAAGUUCCUUAUUCAACUACCAGAUCUGUCACAGUCUCCAGAUCUGGAAAGUAUAAAUCUUGAAGGGUGUACAAGUUUGGUUCAGGUUCUUUCAUCUCUUCAAAAUCUUGAAAAGCUUACUUAUCUAAAUCUAAGUGGCUGCUCCAAACUCAGAGAUCUUGAAGAUAUAUCAAAGAGAACAGAGGGAUACUUGGAUGUUGCAAGGCUAGGAGGCGUUAAGAAUCUUUGGAAGGAUUUCACAUAUCUCAAAAGUUGCAUCCAAAGUUUUACAGGCAAUUUAUGUCUCUACUCAUCUCAAGCUCACAUUUCUCAAAAGUUUGCACCCAAUAUAAGAUAUUUAGAUUUGAGUUGGACAGCAAUAGAAACAGUACCCCCAUCAAUUUGCCAUCUGUCGGGUCUUGAGAAAUUACAUUUGAGUUGGUGCACAAGACUUAAAAGUCUUCCAACUAGCAUUUGUCAUUUGAAAUCUCUUGAAUUAUUAUAUCUACUUGGUUGUGAGAAACUGAAAACGUUUCCAGAAAUCUUGGAGCCCAUGGAACACUUGAGAACUCUUCGGUUAUCUCUCUCGGGGAUUAAAGAGUUGCCAGAAUCUGUUGAAAAUCUAGUAUCCCUCGAUGAUUUAGCUAUAGAAUGUUGCCAGGAUCUUGAGUUUCUGCCCAACAGUCUAUGUAAUUUAAGGAACCUUGAGAGGAUAUGGCUUCGCUUCUGUUCAAAAAUUCAAAAAUUGCCUUCCCUUCCACCGUCUUUGCGCCAAUUGCUGGUGGAUAAUUGUGAGAGAUUGAAAUCUUUACCGGAGCUUCCAUCGCUGUGUUUUGGUUUGUCUGCAGUUGGCUGCACAUCACUGGAGAACAUUUCAAAAUGGAGGGCUCCACUAUUACCCCAUCACGCCGAUUACAGUUGGUAUUCUGUUGGUUAUAUUGACUUUUACGGAUGUGAAAAAUUGGAUCAGAAUACUCACAACACCAUGAUAGCUAAUCGUGCAAUAAUUCAAAUUCUGGCUCGUAUAAAAUCUGGAUGGGGCGUACAUUCUCACAGUUUUUUAUACCCGGGAGAUGAAAUUCCGGACUGGUUCACCCAUCAAACUUGUGGGACUUCAAUCAAUAAGAUUAUGCUUCCUCCAUAUUGGAAUGACGGUGACUUCUUGGCUUUAGCUUUCUGUAUUGUUUUUCAUUGGAAUAAAAUUGACAGAAAUGCAACGUUAGAUACUAGUUGUAAACUGAAUUUCAAAACCAUCGAUGAUGGUAGUCUUUACAAAUAUCAUAAUUAUACUUCGUCCUACAAGUAUAACAAGUUCAGUUCAGAUCACGUGUUCAUUUGGUAUGUAGAAAGACAGUCUUUGGAAUCUAGCAAAGAAAUGAAUGGACUAGAUUGGCCCUCUACUUGUAGUACUGAGGCCUCUUUCCAUGUCUGUCCUCUUUAUCCAUUUUUAGGCAAUGUCAAUAACAAUGAAAGUGAGUAUGGCGAGAUUAAGAAGUUUGGGGUUCGGUUUGUAUACAAACAAGACAUGGAGAGAUGUGAUGCAGAAACCGAAAGAAAGAAUAAGAGAAACUUCAAUGAAUGUUGUGAAUCAAGUGGAAGUGAAGCUGUUGGCUCUCUUGAGGUAGAAGACGAUGGUGAAUCACAUUCUAAGAAACUGAAGCUCAUGUGACAGUCUUGAAAAUGCAGAGCAAUUGAAUAUUGGGGAACCGAAAAAACAGAACAAUGCCAUGCUACAACUUCAAGACAUGCUUUGCUGCUACUUAUGAAAUCAUUGUUGGCUCUGAUGGAUAAGGAAUAAGAAAAUCAAAGCAUAUUCCGCGUAUGUUAAUAGGAGUUAAUAUACACUGUUUUUACAACAUGCAUUUUGUAGUAUUUUAGUGGCAAGUUAUUAACUAAUAAGUUAAUAAAUGUAAGGUAAUUUUUAAAGGAAAAUUUUGUGAUACUCGCCGAGGGAAAAUAAAAAUAUUUUGUUAUGAAAAGUAUUUUGAUGGAUUUUUCAUGUAUGUAUAGUGGUGAAUUUUGUAGUGUCUUUUUUAGUUUCAGGCUUUGAAGAAUAUGGGCGUGAGCUAUGCAGACACUACUGCGCGUAGCUUCAAAUGAAUGCUGUUUUGAGAAGUUCUCUUUUCCUAUUUUGACAUUGGAUUACUUGCUUUUGUGUACCAAUAUGAAUUUCUUUAAUAACGUCUAUGAGCCAUUUACAUAUAUUUGCAGAGAAAAUUUUUUAAAAAAUAAUGUAUGAAUAAAAAAAUUAAAAAAAAAUACUGUUUCUUCCGUGUCGUUGAAGUAUCCAGUUUCUUAUUGCAAAGAAUGCCUAGGAUAAAUUAGUGUCAUCCACUUUCUUUCUACUACAUCCAAAAUACUCUGUCCCUCUCAAUCUCCCCAAAAAAGAAAACAGAGUUCUUAUUGACCAUUCGACCAUUUUCAAUAUAUAUAAAUUUAGAUAAUCUUGGCUUAGUAGUGUCUAGUUAGCACAGUACACAUGUGAACAGCAAGUGCUGUUUAUAGGAUGGUAACGUCGCUUUUCUUCAAAUGAUCUACUUUAACCGACUUUACCUUGUGGCUGAUUUCAAUCGAUCUAGAACCACCCAAUUUUUUUUUACUUUAUUUUACAGCCACAUGUUUUUAACUUUGAGCCUAAGCAAUUCUAGAUUAUUCUGGAUAUUCAAUUUUAUAUUACCUCCUCCGGUUAUAAAGAUGUUUAUAGGAUAUGCUUCACCAUUAAUUUUAUCAAUCCUAUAUGUGCAAUCCGCAAAAGCUAAUAGAUGUUUCGAGCUAGCAAAUUGAUUGCGGGCUUCCCAGUUUCACAGGUGAGGACACCGACAAUCAAUUUGCGAGCUAUAUUUAUGGAGCUUCUAUCUGCUUAUAAAAUCUCAACUUUCAUUGAUCAUCAACUUAGAGAAAGGUGAUGAAAUUUCAACCACACUUGGCAAAGCAAUCAAGGAAUGCAAAAUCUUGGUAAUCAUUUUCUCGGAAAACUAUCCUUGGUCUCCAUAGUGCUUGAUGAACCAGUGCAAAUUAUUGAAUGCAAUAAAAGAAAUGAGGAGAGGAUAACAAUCUGUCCAUUUCUUUUAUGUAUAUCAGUUCAUCCAAACACCAUGUGGAUGAAGCAUAGCUAGUUUCUAGAGAUAGUUUUCUUUUUUUUUUUUUUUUUUUUUUUCUGUUUUCUUUUUUUCUGUGAUGAUAUUGACUUUUAUUAUGGUUGUGAAUAAUUGGAUCAGACUACACCCAACACCAUAUAUACUCGCUAGCUGAUCGUGCAGUAAUUAAAAUUCUGUCUCAUAUAAAAUUUGGAACAACUGUAUUUAUGUA